UGUAAAAUAAGCCAAGAGUUAACAGAUAAUCUAGAUAGGAAAGAAAAACUUCCGCGAGCAUUUUCUAAUUAAAAUCUGAUACUCGGGAUCGUGGGACGGGGUGCUAAAAGUAUAAAGACAAACAAACGGAUCGAGGGCUAUGAUAAUUGUUAUCAUAAUAUGAAGAUAUUAUGUAGGCCUAUACUAUACGGGGUAUCGGAGAACACACAAAAUAAUUAUGCUGGCCUGCUCGAAAAUAGGUCGUCGUCCCCUGCACAGUAGAGAGCAAAGAUUUCAUUGAAACGCUGUCAACAGAAAGCCUCUCGCACGUGUGUUCUUGAUAUUACAGCUCUUUAAAAAGAUCUGUCCACACGAGGCCUACCCUCUGCAAGAAAAUAGAUUAAACACAUGAUCACUCAGGAAUGUCAACAAUGUCAUAGAGGCGGGGCGUCUGUCAAUCACGCUGAGACAUGGAAUGCGUUGCUGGCCUCCUUGUUCCGAGGGGGUGUCAGGUAAUCUUUCCCUCCGCGGCGUUGGAAUAAGGGAGUCCGUGUGACACGACUUUGGAUUAAAUACUAAAUCAUAGUGGAUUACCAUAAUGGAGUAAUGUUACAGAUUCGACUGGAUUACUACUGUGAUAUGAAAAUGGGAUAAACCAAGAAUGAGAUGUCUUUUCGAGUAUUAAUAAGGACUCCCCAUUCCCUGGAAAUAUUGGAUAACAUCAAUUGGUGUUUCGUCAAUUGUAAAAGAAAAAAAAAUCUCUGAAAAAAGAUUAAAUGAGGUUCUUUAUGCAUCAAUCGACAAGGUGCCCUAUGCAAUUUUCUUUUAAUUUGUCCAGUGAGUUUCGAUACACGGAUAUCACUACUUAUGAUCCGAAAGGAAACCGAUAGGCCAGGCGGAAGACGACCCCUGCUGGUAACAUUUGUCGGUAAUAACCGGCAAAUGUUAAAUGAAAUUCGCGACAGCCUCAGCCACCUUCGCAAAAAUGAUCUUGAGGGAUACAACGAACUGUCGAGCCUGCACCUCAAGCCUGAGCUAUCUCAAAGCACCCCUAACCUGCUGGAAAAGUCUGCUGGGAGUAAGAUGACUCGGCGCGACAACCAGCACCACAAAGCCCUGGCGGAGAUUCGCGACAGCUUGAGACCCUACCAAAAUGCUUCUCAAGCCAACGGCCCCUCUCGAGGCUCUAGUGGCACCCCGGUUGCUGUUGGAGUCGUCGGUGGUGGUGGUGGUGGUGGUGGUGGUGGUGGCGGCGGCGGCGGCAGUGGAGGUAGUGAUAAUGGCAGCACAACAAGCUCGGCUAGUUCUCAAGCUGCCAGCGACGCGGAGAGCUACCACAGCAAAGUGCAGGCUAUCAUGCGCCAUGGAUUUGAUGAGGACAUCGCUGUGAGGGCGUUGAAGCUGAGCGUGAACCAGAGCGUGCACAGCGCCAUCGGCCUACUGAUGCACAUUGUGGAGAACAAGAUAAACGGCGGCAAGAAAACGCCAGGUUUUUCUUCGUACGGCCUGAGCCAAAGGCCGCCAAAUUUUGGGCCCAGCAGCCCUGCAGCCUCCGAGACCAACAGUGUGCGCUCUGAUAGCCCCAGCCACAACCCAACCUCCCAGCGGCCGUUCUUGACCAAUGGCCUGCAGACUCCGCCUCCCCUGCCUCCACGCAUGCCCAUCACAACCCAAGCCAACCACACCCCCCGCGGCCAGACUCCGCCCCCUUCUAUUGUUGGUGGUGGUGGUGCUGUUGAUGCUGCUGUUAAAUCAGGAGGGAACCCAGUUGCUCAAAAGGCUAUGCCAGGCCAAGGCCUGCUACAAAGUCUGAGCAAGAGUCAGGCCGGGCCUCAGCCCCAGGUGAUGGCUCAGGGCGGUCUGCUCAACUCCAACCACGGCGUGCCCCAGGGACACGUGCAGCAGAUGAUUCAGCGCAUCUCCCCGGGCCAGGCCUACUACUUCCAGCAGCAGAAACAGCAGCAACAGCACCAUCAGCAGCACCAUCAGCAGCAGCAGCAACAGCAACAACAACAACAUCCGCACCAGCAGGUUAACGGAGGAGGAGGAGGAGGGGGAGCCCCUCCGGGGGUGAGUGGACUGGUGGGUCAUCAGCGUGGGGUGAGUCCAGUGACGGGCAUGAGCCCGCAGCACCACCAGCCUCCCAUCAUCAUGGGCCCCGGCGGGAGCAGCAGCGGAACCAGCACGCCCGCCCCCAGCCCGCUCCUCACCCAGCAGAUGCAGAGCAUGAUCAUCGGCGCCGCCACCCACGGUAGCCCUUCCUCUCACAAUGGCGGCGGCACGGGAUUGCCUCGGGGCUUCGCACAGGCCCCGCCCCCUCCCUACAGCCAAGCUCAAGCCCAGAUACAAGGGGCGCGCCUCGGGGUGGUGCCGUCCACAUCGGUCAGUGGAGGGACUUCGGGCAUGGACCAUCUCCAGUCACAGCAACAGACACAACAUCAACGGCAACAACAACAACAGCAGCAGCAGCAGCAACAACAAGACUUUCACCGCUCCUCACACACGGCGGCAUUAGACUUGUCGAAGUUAUCUAUAGCGGGCGGUGGUGAUGCCCAGCAGAUAAUUCAGAAGAAAGUAAUGGCCACCUCGGGGGUUCCGGCCACCCGUCGGCCGAUGAGCUCCAGCCAGAUGCCGGUCAUCAUGUCGUCUGUGCACAGCAAAGAGGUUCAGAAGCCCAUCGCGCAGACGGCGACAGCCCCCUUGGUCCCGCCCCCUCACACUGUCAACCCUAACGGGGCGGCAGGCUCACCGCAAAGUUAUCUCUCCCACCACGUCCAGGCACACAUCAACAACAGCAACAUCAGCAACAGCAACAUCAUCAGCAACAGCCCAAUGUCUGCUCUUCAUCAGCAACACCAGCAGCUGAAACAACACCAACAACAGCAGCAGCAGCAGCAACAACAACAACAUAGCCAUCAGCAGUCGCCGCGCGCUAUCCCCGCCUCUCGGGGCGAGGUCCCUGUUCAGAUCACGCACUCCUACCCCCAGCACCCGGCUCAUCUGUUGAGAAAUGGUGGCGGUGGUGGUGGAGGAGGGGGGACGAACUACACCUCAGAACAGUUGGCUGCGGCGUCUGCUGUGGCUGCUGCUGCGGCAAGCGUGUCCACGGGGCAGCCCACCAUUCAGAGCGCGCGGCCCAGGCACAGCCCGCUUCCGACAAACCACAUUCACCAGGGCGUCAAACUUCCACCCAACAGCGGCGUCGGUGGCAAUGGUGGUGGUGGUGGUGGAGGAGGCCUGGCCAUGUACCCACCGCAGUACCCAUCGGAGAUGGCCAACCCCGUUUCACGGUCGGAUUCCCCCGUGUCUCGAGCCACCAACCAGUCUCCUCAGUCGGUCAUCUCCACCACCUCCUCCCCUUCCACCAACUCGGACAUCCCAGACAAGCCCCCUCCCCCGUACCCGGGCCGCGCGGGGAUGUUGCCGCUGGUGGGCCAAGCCCCGCUGCUUCCACCUCGUGUGCCGCUCAAAGACAAACCCCUGCCCCCUCCUCCCCCGCAGGAUCACAGUUCCACGUCACAGACGCUACAGCACCAGCAGCAGAUAGCAGCACUGCAGGGUUUGACCUCCAUGCUGCCCCCACCCUCCCACCUAGCCGGGAGCUUCCCUCAAAUACCACCCAGCUCCUCCUCCUCCUCGCCCUCCCCCUCCUCCCCGGGGGCACCCUUCACCAGCAACGGCCCGUCUUCGCUGUUGGCCACCAUCCAAGGCUCCCCCAGCAACAACGCGUCGGGGAAACACGCAGCAAACACCCUGACCCCACCGUCGCCCGGCGGCUCGCCCAACCUCCCCGGCCCACAGGUCAUCAACAGCACUCCGCCUUCCGAGACAGACGAGACGGACACAGACACCAGCAGUGUCGGACACGCCUCUUCCAGCAACCCCAACAACAAUGGCAACAACAACAACGGAAACAGCAGCAGCAACAACAACAAAGGUUUGUCUUCCAACAGCGCGCAAGAGAAGCACCGGUGCAUGUCCCCGCUCCCCGAGCGCAGGUCUGACGCGCGCGAGAGGGACAGCCUGCGUCGCGACACCAAAGUGCGCAUGUACUCCCCGCAGGCCUUCAAGUUCUACAUGGAGCAGCACGUGGAGAACGUGCUCAAGUCGCACUCGCAGCGCAUGAACCGCCGGCUGCAGCUGGAGAAAGAGAUGGCCAAAGUGAACUUGUCGGAGGAGGCCGCCCGCCAGAUGCGCAAGAUGCUGCACCAGAAGGAGUCCAACUACAUCCGGCUGAAGCGCGCCAAGAUGGAGUCCUCCAUGUUCGAGAAGAUCACCACGCUGGGCGUGGGCGCGUUCGGCGAGGUGGCGCUGGUGCGCAAGAAGGACGUGGGCUCCCUCUACGCCAUGAAGACCCUGAAAAAGGCCAACGUGAUCAAGCGCAACCAGGUGGCGCACGUGAAGGCGGAGCGCGACAUCCUGGCCGAGGCGGACAACGAGUGGGUGGUCAAGCUCUACUACUCCUUCCAGGACCGCGACAAUCUGUAUUUCGUCAUGGACUACGUGCCCGGCGGCGACCUCAUGGGCCUGCUCAUCCGGCGGGAGAUCCUGGAAGAGCCGCUGGCCCAGUUCUACAUCGCCGAGCUGGUGCUGGCCAUCGAGUCGGUGCACCGCAUGGGCUUCAUCCACCGCGACAUCAAGCCCGACAACAUCCUCAUCGACAGCGACGGCCACAUCAAGCUCACCGACUUUGGAUUAUGCACGGGCUUCCGGUGGACGCACAACUCCAAGUACUACCAGAAAGGAUAUACCAAAGCCUGUGAUUGGUGGAGUGUUGGCGUGAUUCUCUACGAGAUGGUGAUUGGUCAGCCCCCCUUCUACGCCAGUACGCCCAUGGAGACGCAGUACAAGGUGAUAAACUGGAAAGACACGCUGACAAUUCACCCGAAGGCCAACAUUUCACCAGCGGCGGCCGAGCUGAUCCAGCAGCUCCUGCAGGGCCCCGAGAGCCGCCUGGGCCGCAACGGAGCCACGGAGGUGAAGGAGCACCCGUUCUUCUCCGGCAUCAACUUUGACGGGCUCCGGCGGCAGCAGGCCCCCGUGAAGCCCACGAUUCGUUAUCUCACGGACACCUCCAACUUUGACCCCGUGGACCCCGACAAGCUACGGACGAACGACUCGGAGGGCUCCAAGAAAAUCGACUCCAAGCUGGAGAACGGCAAGCACCCGGAGCACGCCUUUUUCGAGUUCACCUUCCGCAGGUUCUUCGACGACGGCGGCCAUCCUUGCUCCAUGCCGUCCACCAAUCAGGAACAACAACAAUCGCAACAACAACAACAGCAACAACAACAACAAGAGUCGAACUAUCCGGUGUACGUCUAGCUGUGCUAACGACGGAACGACAAGGAAAGAAGAAGAAGAAGAAGAAGAAGAAGAAGAAGAAGAAGAAAACAAAAUGCAAUGUCUCGUUGUGCCUCCUAAGUGCUCAAAUAACCCCCCAGAGUUUGAAUGGUUGUUGCGCGUUAAGACUUUGUGUGAGUGUGUGUGCGUGUGUGUGUGUAUACAUAUGUGCGUGAGUGCGACACACAGUUUGAGAGGUGCAGACCUAAAUAAGGAGAUGCACACUGGAGAAGAAGAAGGCUGAGAGUGCACUUAGAGGGUGUGGGGCUCAAAGCAACAUUGCAUUGGUUUGUUUCGUUCUUUGUACGUUUUUUUUGUUUUGUUUUGUUGUCUCUUUGUUUCAGUGCUCCUCAUGUGGGGAAAUCGUCCUGUCUUCCCUCUGUAGUCAGCAAAAGCUAGGGUGGCGUUUGUUUCAUGACUAUUGCGGAGAAAUUAACGUUGAGCGUGUUGAGAAGAAGUGUCAGCGAUGAUUCUGGGUGAAGAAUUUGCCCCAGGCUCAGAUUUUUCCUCGAGGUCGUUAUGAGGAGCACGACCUACAUUUCAACUGGUUAAAGUUAUUGUUCAGUUUACGUCAC